AUGUCCUCCCCAAAAGUCGCCAUCAUCGGAGCUGGCCUCUCAGGCCUGUCCCUCGCCCUAGCCCUCCACCAACAAGGCAUCAAAAGCACGGCAUACGAGCAAGCAUCCGCCCCCCUCGAUAUCGGCGGCGCAAUAAUGCUCUCCCCCAACUCUCUUCGUGCCCUCGAUAAGUUGGGCGUGCUCAAGCGCAUGCUUCCUCACAGCUAUAAGUUCGAUGAACUCUUCUUCCUCUCACAAAAUGACGAACUCGUCGAUGUCUUUGAAUUCGGGGAUGAGGAAAAGUACGGGUACACAGGCAUCAGAGUGUAUCGCUUUGAACUUAUCAAUGUCUUACUUGAUCUUGUCCGUGAGGCAGGCAUUGAGGUUGUGUACGGUCGCAAGUUUGACAAGAUUGUCGAUGAGAAUGAGAGAGGUGUUACUUGGCGUUUCACAGAUGGAUCUGAAGAAACUGCCGAUCUUCUCAUCGGCGCUGACGGAAUCCACUCUCGCGUGAGAUCCUAUCUCUAUCCCGAUCUUGCGCCAAAGUUCACGAACAUGAUUGGCGUCACAGCCGCUGUGCCUACAAGCCAACUCGGAGAGCACGAUUACAAGCUCCCCGCGACAUUCAUGCACGAUAAGCGCGGCGCUUUCGUCAUCGCUCCCCAACUUGCGGAUGGCUCAGAAGUCCUUAUCGGCAAGCAAAAGGUGUUUGUCGGUGAAGAUCCAGGUCGUGAUGCUUGGAAGGCCAUGAACUCUGACAAGACCUGGUGUGUUGACUUUCUUCGUGAAGGAAAGGAAGACUAUCCCUCCAUUGUCAGCAACGCUACUUUCGAAAUCUCACCUGAGCGAGUCAACCUCUGGCCAUUCUAUCUCCUUCCCAAGCUUGACAAGUGGGCUAGCGAGAAGCAUAGUCGUGUUGUCAUUCUCGGCGACGCAGCACAUGCCAUUCCUCCCACGGCUGGCCAGGGUGUGAAUCAAGCCUUUGAAGACGUCUACACUUUCGCUGGUGUACUUGGUCGCAUUAAAGGGCAGGGUUUGAGUGAGACCCUGGAUAGGUGGCAGAUGGGACGACAGGAAAGGGUGGACAGGAUCAUUGAGUUGAACAGUGAGAUUAAUAAGAGGAGGAUGCCCAAAGUUGAUGGGGUGGCGGUUGAGACUAAGCCUUUUGAUGUUGAUUGGCUUUACAAGGUUGACUUGGAUGAACAGGUGAAGGAAUUUGCUGGGAGGAACUGA